UCUAAAACAAAUGGUGUAAUAUCAUGCAUUGUAGGAGAAGCUAGACCCCUUACGCAGGCAGAGAUGUCCUCACUCAGACAUCUCCUACCACACACACCACGUCUGAGUGAGCCCGUUAGCAGAAGUUCAGGUCCAGCUCCAAAUGUUGCAGUAGUGGUUAGUAGAAGCAACAAUGAUAGAUUUAGUCCCUUGUUUUCCCCACGGUCUCCAAGUGGACGAGGUUUUCCCAUGAGUCCCCUGGGUCCUCCUUCCUCAAAUCAUCCGCAGCCACCUCCCAAUCUAACAAUACCCCCAAGCCCUCUUCCUCCUCACCUCUUAUCCUCCCAUCUUUCUGCUCCUUUGUCCCCUCGUCUUCCUCCAUCUUCUUCACGAUUGCCUUCAUCCUUUCCUCGCCUUCCUCCAAGCUCCUCACACUCACUUUCAGGGAGUUCAAUGAUACCUCCAUAUGGUAGCUUCUCAAAUACUGUCCCAUCCCAGCAAAGAGGGCCUCCUCCCCCUGCUCCGCCAACGGGCUCAAGAACGCGUUGGGCACAAGAGGUACACAGUCGUAUUAUCCACAACAUCAGCAGCCUGCACCACCUGGCAGCAUCAUCAAAUGGACAGGAUGAUUCAGAUGAUGGAGCCGUCCAAGAUCCAGGGGAAAAUGAUUCCUCUGAAAGCAUUAUCAAUCCUUUGGCAGGACCUUCUCAGUUGUCUCAGGCCCCUUUUCACUUGGUUGUUAGGACUAGAGGGAGAUCCAGGUCUGAGAUGAGAAGAAGACUAAUGCGUCGUUGAUAUUCAACACAGAAUUAAAAAUGAACUAGUAACAUUCAGUGGAAUAAUUUUACGCUUACCGAUAUACUUCGUUUUUUCCGUGUCAGAGUAAGAUUUGUUAUGAUCACAAAUUUUAAUCUAAUAUAGCAGCUAAGUAAAGGUAUGAUAACAUAU